GGGUACGGACUGACUGGACCACCACCGCUAACCCUGGUGGCGGCGGAGCUACGACGUACACAUACUCAGUGGCGGCUAUGAACAUGAACACAGGGGCGACGGCACGGGACAAGCUCACAGGGGUCGGGCGUGGCGUCAAGGACAUCUGCGGCGCCACUCUCUUCGGCGCUCAAGUGUUGUGCUAUGGUGAUAUCACGAAGCCAUGCUCUGAUUACAGUGUGGCUGCCUACAAUUCUCGGAGGUGUCGCACUAUCUGCACCAAAAUUGGCGACUACUCACCUGUUAAGUCUGUCAGCGGUAUCUAUGGUUACAGCCAGGGCAACUCGCUUAUUUGCGACGCACCUAUUAUCUUCUACUAG